GAGGUUCGCCCAGCACCGGCCGCGCCCGGGCUCCCCACAGCCGCGCGGGACUGCAUUUCCCAGCGCGCCCCGCGCCCCCGCCGCCGCUGCGCCGGGAAGAUGGCAGCCCUUGUGUCGCCCUUGGCUACUGCGCGCUGCCUGCUGCGGGCUCUGGGCUGCCGCUCCCGCCUGCUCCCGCCGCACAGAGGUCAGUGCCGCCGCCGCGGCUCUGCGGGGCUCGCUAGGCCCGGGCGGGCGACAGGCUGGCGGGGCACCGCGCAGGAAGGGCACCGAGGAGCGGUCGCGGGAGCCGCCUACACAGCUCAGGCAGAUGAGAAGACAGGCCCUGGUACUCCUACAGAUGCUCACGCCAGAGCCUUAUUGGUUUGCAAUGGACCUUUAGAACAUUAUGACUUUUUGAUUAAGCAGAAAGAGCUGAAGAAUGAUGAGCAACAAAGAAGAGUUGUGCAGCACCUGCAAAAAUUGCACGAGAGCCUUAAAGGCUACAGCAUUGAUUCAAAAAAUGUUCUUUCAAAGCUCUUUGCCAAAACCAAACCCCCAAAAGGUCUUUAUGUCUAUGGAGAUGUUGGCACAGGAAAGACAAUGGUGAUGGACAUGUUCUAUUCUCACUUAGAAGUAGAAAGGAAAAAGAGAGUCCAUUUUCAUGGCUUCAUGUUGGAUGUACACCAGAGAAUACAUCGCCUGAAACAGAACUUACCAAAGAGAAAAGCAGGAUUUAUGGCCAAAUCAUACGACCCAAUUGCACCCGUGGCAGAGGAAAUAAGCAAAGAGGCUGCACUCCUGUGUUUUGAUGAGUUUCAGGUCACUGACAUUGCUGAUGCCAUGAUUCUGAAGCAGCUUUUUGAAAAUCUCUUCCAAAAUGGGGUUGUCGUUGUGGCAACAUCUAACAGGCCACCAGAAGAUCUCUAUAAAAAUGGUCUUCAGAGGGCUAAUUUUGUACCAUUCAUUGCUGUGCUGAAGAAAUACUGCAGCACAGUCCAGCUUGAUUCUGGAAUAGACUACAGGAAACGAGCGCUUCCAGCUGCUGGAAAACUUUACUACCUCACAAGUGAAGCUGAUGUGGAGGCUGUCAUGGAUAAGUUGUUUGAUGAGCUGGCUCAGAAACAAAAUGAUUUAACUAGACCAAGGAUUCUAAAAGUGCAAGGCAGAGAGCUGAGGCUGAAUAAAGCGUGUGGAACCAUUGCAGACUUCACGUUUGAAGAGCUGUGUGACAGACCUCUUGGAGCCAGCGACUAUUUGGAAAUAUCAAAGCAUUUUGACACAGUGUUUAUUCGUGACAUACCACUUCUUACAACAGCAAAAAGGACACAAACUCGUCGUUUCAUUACUCUUAUUGAUACCUUUUAUGAGCAUAAGGUGCGCAUUCUCUGUUCUGCAGCAGCUCCUCUCCAAAGCUUGUUCCUGGUGGAACAGGACAGUGGCCAACUGCAGGACAACAGAGUGUUGAUGGAUGAUUUAGACUUGAGCCAGGAUUCUGCCAAAGGACUGUCCAUGUUUACAGGAGAAGAGGAAAUCUUUGCCUUUCAGCGUACUCUCUCACGGCUCACAGAAAUGCAAACUGAACAGUACUGGAAUGAUGGGGACAGAAGCAAAAAAACAUAAUUAAAAGUUGAAUGAAACCACCAAGAAGUAAAAUUACAGCAUGAAAUCACCAAGAAGAAAAACUGAAAAAGCUUCGGAAAAGCACUGGAAAGCUUUUUAGCACAACUCGAAUAAUAAUUGCACUUUAUCAUCUGGACCAUGUUUUCUUUCAUCAAUAGUUUUAUGAGUUUAAGACAUGAGGUCUCAGUUAUUUUUCUGUACCACCAGUGUGUGGAUAUGGGAAAUUUUGCCUUCAUUUGUUCUUCAAACCUGUCUGGGUGUCUCGAUCCAUACAGUGGUGUGAAUGGAGUUACAUCCAGCUGCUGGCUGGUCACCAGUGGAGUUCCCCAGGGCUCAGUAUUGGGGCCAGCCCUCUUCAAUGUCUGUAUCCAUGGUAUGGAUAAGGGGAUCAAAGUGCACCCUCAGUAAGUUCACAGAUGAUGCCAAGUUGGGUGGGAGUGUUGAUCUGCAGGAGGGCUCUGCAGAGGGAUCUGGACAGGCUGGAUCAGUGGGCUGAGGCCUAUUGUGUGAGGUUCUACAGGACUGGGUCCUGCCCUUGGGUCACAGCAACCCCAGGCAGCACCAUAGGCUGGGGCAGAGUGCCUGGAGAGCUGCCCAGGGAAAAGGACCUGGGAGUGCUGCUCAGCAGCAGCUGAACAGGAGCCAGCUGUGUGCUGGUGGCCAAGAAGGGCAAUGGCAAUCCUGCCCUGUAUCAGCAGCAGCAUCCUGUGUCCUGGCCAGCAGCACCAGGGCAGGGACUGUCCCCCUGUACCCGCACUGGUGAGGCCUCACCUUGAAUCCUGGGUUCAGUUUUGGGACCCUCACAACAGGAAGGGCAUUGAGCAGCUGGAGUGAGGCCAGAGAAGAGCAGUGGAGCUGGUGAAGGGUCUGGAGCACGAGUCCUGUGAGGAGCGGUUGAGGGAGCUGGGGUUCUUUAGCCUGGAGGGGAGGCUCAGAGGUCCUUAUUGCUUUCUGUAACUGCCUGAAAGGAGGCUGUAGUGAGGUGAGGGUUGGACCCUUCUCCCAUGCAGCCAGUGACAGGAUGAGAGGACACAGCCUCAAGCUGCUCCAGGGGAGAUUUAGGUUGGACAUGAGGAAGAAUUCUUCGUUGGAAGCAUUGUCCAGUAUUGGAACAGGCUGCCCAGGGAGAUGGUGGAGUCACCAUCCCUGGAGGAGUUUAAGAAAUGGCUGGAUGUGGCAUUUAGUGCUGUGGUUUAUUUGACAGAGUGAAGUUUGGGCAAAAGUUGGACUCAAUAUUCUUAAAAUUUUUUCCAACCUUAAUGAUUCUCUAAAAUAUAACUUUGAUGUUUAGGAAGUUUAAUGGGAUUGAAUUUUUUCUCAAGAAUUGGUCCACAGACAAAGUUAAUGGGCUAUGCAGAGUCAUUUUAUGAUGUCACAUGAAGUGGGCACUUCAUUGUUUAUGCACUGCUUCUGUCAUGUACAAUGCUGCUUGCACAGAAGAAAAAUCAAAUGCUUUCUUUAAGAAGCUCCUGAUACUGUCCAUGCUAGAAUCACGGAACUCCUCUGUAGUGUAUUCUGUUUGUUUUGUUUUAUUUUUUUCCUAUUCUCUGAGUCUAGCUGUGUGUUGCCAUUCAGGCUCUAGGAGUUUGUUUUAAUCAGACUGUUGCUCAGUGUGGUUCAUUGAAAACUAAUGGUUUUAACCAAGACAGAACCCUGAGGAGGAGCUUUAAGGUACUUGAAGGUACAGGAUUAAGAUUUAAGUAAUGGAUGGGAAAAGAGACUUUGAUAAGACAGCAUAUGCUGUAACAAAUAAGUGCAAGUUCAUCCUAAAUUUUGUGUUUCUUGCAAGUCUGGAUAUGCUGCCUCUACACCAGUGACAUCUCUACCCUGAAUUUUCUUAGGCUUCUUCUACCCCAAACCUUCCACUGCUGCUAACACACCUUCCCUGAUCUGGGGGAGCAGUACUCAGUACUGCUGGGGCAAUUCAUCAUGUUACCAUAGGAAUGUGGUUUAUGGAAAAGAUAGGAUAGUAAUUGAUACCUCAAGACAUAUCACCCAUCCUCACGUUUGUAGAGUUGGAAACUUUAUUUUAGUUAAAGAUGCAGUGGUGUCAUUCUUGAUUUUUAAUCUAACGGGAACAAAACAUGGUAUUAUGUGUAUUGGCUUAUCGUGUAUUUUUAUAAAGUAAUCUUAAGAGCAUAUUUAGAAGGUGAGUAGAAAAAACCAUGUAGAUGGACUGAAAAGACUGCCCUCCUUUCCUAGGGAGGGGAUAUAUAAUACAUUGUCCCCAGCUUUGAGAGGUUUUCUUGGAUUUUGCAACAUGACCUUUUUCUGUCUGUUACCAAAUUGUCUCCCAUCACAAUUACAAAAACUUCUAAAAGGGCCUUCUGGGCAGCAGGGAGGGCUGGACAGGUCCUGUGCCCUUACUUUUGUUAGGGAGCCACAUGUUCAAGUGUGGUUUUCUGUUCUGAUCCCUUCUGUUUGUUCUGGAAGUUACUCACACUGGCUAUACCUGCUCUUCAAGGAAUUUUUAAAGCCUAUAUUUAUAGUUUGCAACUCAUGGAACUAUAUUCCCACAAGGGUGACGUGGAGAAUUUUAAUGCAUAUUUAUGAAAAUUCCAGUAAGAAUACAUUGCUUAUACUUAAAAAUAUCCAAGUAAUUGGUGCAUGCUUUCCGAGAUUUGGAUUAGGUUUCUCAACUGAGGGACUAUUGACAUUCACGCAUGUGUGUCUGUAUAUACAAACACAUAUGUAUAUUUAAUUUAUAUGUGUAUAUAUAUAUCUAGAUAAAACUAAUAUAUAUAAUUUAAGUGUGUGUGUUUCUGUAUUUAUACAUGGCACCCUAUACUUAUCAGCCUGGGACUGUGCUGGUAACUCUCCUGAAGCUUCAGCCUUGACUUUUUUUGAGUAGCCUUCAAAUGCCUGCUGCCUUGAACCAGAAUGUGUUGUGGGAAAAUGGAAGGUGGUGGUAGAUAACCUAAGGCACUUUGCAUCUGGAUAUUUAUUUACAUUCUUUUACAAACUGUUUAUAUGUUUAGCCUGUAUGUCCUUCUCUGUCAGGUGGUACAAGGGAAAUGUGUAAUCUUGCAGAACACAGAUGACAUGUCUGGGACAUACGGGAGAGGAGGUCCUUCAUUCCCACAGAGACUGUCUCAGGCCAGGGAAGUGAGGUGUUUCUCCACCGUCUGUGUGGGUGAUGAUGAAGCCCCUUUAACCACAGAAUCCCUUUUUGUGUUCAAACUGGUGCUUCUUUGCUCGUUGGUAUUUGAGGCUUUUCUGCAGUCUGAAUGCACGCCCAAACUCGGAUACCUCAGGUUUUUGGAAGCUCUGCAGUGGGACUGAUGCACCAUUGAAAGCCUCUAAGGAUAUCGGUGAGCUCUGCGAAAAUGCAGGAGGGAAGUUCCCAAAAGCUUCCAGAGCCAGCACCACUUCUGGGACAUACUGCUAAAUAAAACAAUAGUGCAGUCUUUCCUAGACCAGCAAGGAAUUUGUCUGUUGGGAGUCCCUGGUAGAUACCAGCAAUAAUGAAGGAAAAGAAAUGGGGAAGAUUCCACAAGUACUUUGAGGCUGAAAACAAGAAAGGUUGCCUAAAUCACUGUGCUGAUUUGUGAUUGUGCUGCAGAGGGAGAUUUGCCACUUUUGGAUCAGGUCCACAAGGAGAAAUUGGGCCAGUUUCUCAGUCAGAUGCCAGGGCAGAGGGUGCCCCAGUAACCAUAAAAGCAGCACAUUUACGCCCAUCUACCUCCCUGAAGAAAGUGAGACCCUAUUUGCUUAUUUUAUGAUGCUGUAGCAUGCAUAAAGCCUUUUGCCAGUGCUGAGUUGGGGGUGCUGCUUCUGGGGUCAGACACCUUCCAGGAAACUGGUGCUGGCUAGAAUCUCACUGGACACCAUGGACAAGAGUGGGUACAUCGUGCCCCAGGGUGCUGGGCCACCUGUGCUCCAGCUGUCCUGUCCCCUGCUGCCCGGCCUGCUCCUGCUGCUCUGAGACAGCAACAGCCCACGACUUUAUUCCCACGUGAAGAUGUUGUGUUUGCCAAAACAUAAACAGCGAGAUGCCCAUGACUAAAUUAUGCACGCUCCAUACAAGCCUUAAAAAUUGCUGGAUUUGUGCUGGACGCUUCUAUCCAGAGUUUAAGUCUUGGCUUUUUAGGUUUUUUUUAACUCGUGAAUUCAUGUCAUCUCAGAUAUGCAACAAGUUUUUAGUUCCUUUAGUUGUUCAGCAAACAUUAUUGACAAGUUAUUUUUAAAGGUCUUUUCAAGUGACCUUUAUUGAUGUAGUAUAAUAUUUUGCUGUCAUAAGAAGUAAAAUUGUGGGGAUUAUGGACCAUGUGAAACACUUCAUGUUUUCUAAAGGUCACAUCCUGGCUGAAAAUCUCUCAACUAACUUCUUUCAAAUACUUGAUUGACCAAAGAAUGUUCACAAUGCCCAAAAAUUUUAACUUUUUUUUAAAAUAAAUAGUGCUAUUCUGUCUUUGAGUUAUUGGUUUUCAGUAUUUGUUACUGUGCAGAUUGAGGGAACAAUUGCAGUAUUUUGGGUAGAACGAGACAGCCUUCCAAAGGCUGUGGAGGGAUUGAAGAUGCACUUUUUGCUGUUGCUGGUUUUUUAUCUGAAAAGGAAAACCAUUAAUGGCAUUUCUUUUAGUAACAGUGCUCAUGAUGAUGCUACAGCUGGAUAGAUUUCACCUGUUUUGCAGCAAUCUAAACAUGAAAAAAAGCAACUGACCAGGUUUCAAACAGUGCCCAGCACUGUCACCAGCCAUGUAUCAAGGAGGAAGAACAGUCUUUCCAUCAAGAUGUGGCUAACAGAACUAAGAUUCAGGAUGUUUCUUGCUGCAAUUGGCUGGAUCCAAAUACACCUGGUGCCUCAGUUUCCCUGUUGAUAAAAUGGGAAUGAUGUGAUUUUCUUACUUGCUAACUCUGGCGUACUGCCAGACUUUUCUCAUUAAUAUUCUAAGAUGCUCGCUGAGGCUCUGGGAUGAAAAUACUUCAGUAAAGUAUGUAAAUAGUGCAAAAAAUAAUUUAGCUACUCAGAGUGGAUUAGUCUUCUUGUUUGGGUUAUAGAAUUAAUGUCAUCCACUGAACACCACGUGCCUCUUUGUAGUGAUUUUGUUUUAAAUAAUGCAUCUAUUUUAAGAAUCUAUUUAAAGAAAAAAAAUUGAGAUUUGAGAUUAAAACUGUAAACUAUUUGUGUAGUUUUUCUUGUAAUAACAAAUUUCCUAUAGGAUUCGUAACAACUUCAGAUCCUAUACAUGUGAAAUACAGUGGCUUUGUAAAUUCUGUUGGGAUUUUCCUUGUAUACAGAGAAUAUUUUUUAAAAUAUGUCAUUUGGAAUCUAAUAUAUUACAAAGUGAACACUGUCAAAUCCAUCUGUUAUUUGAGAAUAAUUUAUCUUGUAAUAAAAAUUAAUAAAUCUGGA